GUAAUGCCACAGGUCUCCUCAUCUUACGGACGUGUUUUUUUUUUUUCACACUAAAACACGGUGAACCAAACUCGUUGUUGUGCCAUCUUCCUUUGUUCUUUUUUCCUCCCCUCUCACCUCCAGGAGGGACCGGCGCAGCGCGGGAAUGAGGGCCGCAGUGAACCACCAACACCACAGCAGCGAAAGCGCCCCUCGGCGGAGCCCGGGAUCCCCCGUUGCGAAGCACGUGUCCUUCAACCCGCGCUCCUCCAACGCAGGCGCGAGGGAGUCCGUCCUACCUUCCCAAUCGACCAAGUCUACCACGCUCGCAUCACCGCCCUCGGGCAGCAAGAAAACUCCAGCCAAAGCGGAGAGCACACACCCCGCUGCCGGGUCACGCAACAAUGCCCGUCACGUCGCUGCCUCAGCGAACGAUCCCCAUCAGUGGAUUCUCGCGUUGGGGCAGCAAAGCACCUACGCGGUAACCUCCCACCCUACUUCGACGGAGAAUGAGAAGGACGGCGGUGGCGAAGUUGACCGGCCAAGGGAGCGGGCAGACCGCAGCAGCAACGAGGUGGACCAGCACGCUGGCGUGGAUGUCCCGCCUCCGCCACUUGAAGAGCGCAUCGGCAUUCACGAGCUCAAAGCAAUCAUGCUUGCCUUCCGGCAGACGUCGCACGUACCAGCUCCCCUCCCGUCCUCUCCCAUGUCUCCCCUGCUGGCAGCCGCGCAAGUCAAAACCGCUACACCUGAGCAGAAGUCGUUGCGUGUUGUCGCGAGUGCUGAACAGGCCGUCCUUGGCGAACCGGUGCCUCGCGCAGAGGAGCUGCCUGCCACCAUAGCGGAACUGCUGGCUGCGGAGCACAACGCGGCGCACUCGUCCGCCGCUUCGCCUGACGGAAUGGGCGCGAGCAACGCGGGCGAGGAGUCCGUCGCACAGCUGCGCCAUCUGGCGAGGGACGAGUUCACCCGUGUGGUUCAGCGCGCCGUUCCUAGUGCGACGCUGCCGGAGAUUCAAGCCCUCCUAGCCAAGGCCAUCUCGGACGAUCAGGACACCGUCUCGUGGAAUGAACUAGCAACCUUCCUCGUGACGUGCUCGCGACAGAAAGCCGACCUCGCCUUUGAAGAUCAGCGCUUUGUGUUGUCCGGCCAGCCCCGCAAUCUUCACUUCGAAGAGCAGCACAGCGAGUCGAUUACGUGUGUCGCCAUGAACCGGCAGCGGCGUCUGAUUGUGACGGGAUGCAGCGGCGGCUCCGUGCGGGCGUGGAGCAGCGGCGGUGACCUCGACUACCGUGGCGUGCUGCUUAAGGUGGACGGCUGGAUCGUGGGGCUGCACUGGGGGUGCCGCGGGCGCGUCCUCUACGUUAUUACGAUGGAUCGCUACGUGUACGUGUUGGAAGGCACCUCGUACGAGGUGCUGCGCGUGUUCCACGGCCGCGGCAUCAAGGGGACCGCGGACAGCAUCGCUUACGCGACGGAGACGAUCGGCACGGUUCACGUGGGCGGCAUCGCUCUGCCAAAGCGGCGGCCACCGAACGAGCACGGAUACGCCGGCGCGCGGCUGCACGUGUCGUCGGCAAGAGGAAAAACGCCGUCCGGCGCGAAGCAGAGCGGGCCUGGGCGUGGCAAGUUAGAAUCGGGCGAGGGUCGAAUGCAGCGGCUUCUGUCGUCGGCAAUGCAGAUCCGGCGAGGGGUGCAGCAGCCCAACGCGGGAGACAGGACGGCGGCGGCGGCUGCUGGGGGAGCAGAGGCAUCCGGGCAAGUUACGGACCUCGACGUGAACCCAGCCGGAACCGCCAAUGCAGCCGCCAACGCCUCCACGCUCACAACGAGCUACUCCCUCACCACGGCCAGUGCAGCAGAGGCUCUGCAUCAAGACAACACGCCGCUCACGGGCACGGGGCGAGGCCCUUAUGUGGUGCAGCACGUCGACGAGGGCGUACUGACGUCCCUCGUGGACGCCGUGACGGCCACCGCGUUUGUGGAGUCGGCUUUUCAAGACGACGUGCUGCUGCUCGGCACCACGAAAGGAGAUGCCUUUCUUUUCAUUAUUGCCACACAGAACGAACUGACGCAGCGACGGGUGCUCGUGGCCCGGCACGUGUUUGCGCAGCUGCACGACGGCUCCAUCACCAAACUCGACUUCUCCCACUCUCUCAGCGCCCUCAUCAGCUCUGGCGAGGAUGGUCGGGUCCGGGUGACGUCUCUUUUCUCCGGCCAUAACCUUCGCACCUUCUACGCCCCGGAGCUCUCCGAGCAGCACGCCAGCGUGACGGACUUCGCCUUGCACCCGCAGCUGAAGAUGCUCCUCACCAUCGGGCCGGAGCGUCGAGCGUUGGUCUGGGAGUGGAAUCAGCCGUCUCCGAUAGCGGUGCUCGAGUCGGUGAACCGGCCGCUGUGCUGCGGCGCCUUCCUGGGCGAGCAGCUUCUCACCGUGAGUCGCGACCGCGUCCUGCACGUCUACGACUGCAAGAGCUUUCGGCUGCGGCAAGAGCUUCCGUUGGGCUCCGCGGGUUCGCUGACGCGAUUUAGCAGCGCCUCGGCCGCAUCUGCCGCCGCCGAUCUCCUUUUUGCCUCAGCCUCCUCGUGCAUGACGACGCAGCUCUACGCCGAUCCAAUCCGGCAGCGAGUGAUUGGCUUUGGUCGGUUUCCCUUUACGCUCUGUGUGAAGCGGCAGGUCUCCUCCGGCUGCCCGGUGCGGUACCGCGGCCACAACGCACCGAUGUUCACGACGCUGACCUCCCGCGCCUUUGGCCAGCUGGUGACGGUGGGCACCGACGGGGUCAUCAUGACCUGGACGCCGCGCAACGGUGUGAACGAGUUUUCGUUCCUGCUGUCCAACUUCUCCAACGCGUCGGCCAUGACGGGGGCCCCAAUGCCGCCGGUCGCAGCCUCGAUGGGUGUGACGCAGCGCCGCUUGCUGACAGGUUUCACGGGUGGGGUGAUGGUGGCGUGGAACGUGUUGAAUGGGCAGGUGGAGCGGGUCCUGACAGCGGCGGCGUGCUCCUCUUCUACAGCGGAUGGAAAGGCGCCGUCGUCACCGACGAAAGAGGUGGGCCGGCACAACAAUACCAGCAGCAGCGGUAGGGCCAGCGCAGUGAGUCCACGCGCACGUGCCACCACGUCAUCGACGCCGAAGCGCGAUGUGACCGCCGUCGGGUCCUUUUUGCACUACCGCACCCUCUCGUACCUCUUCGCGAUUGGCCGGAUCCUCUACGUUGACUCUACGACGUCCAACAACGGCAACAACGUGACGCACCUCCGCGAGGACGGCCCGUCCUCCGCGCCGCAAGUGGGCGAGUACACCACGACCUAUCCCUCCUCGUGGACGCCGCUGCCCAUCUACGGGGAUAUUACGCAGCUGGUGCAGUUAAGCCCGCAGCACGUUGGAUGCGGCACCACCGCCGGCGCGGUCCUCGUGUACAACGUGCUCUCCGAUUGCCAGGAGGGUGCGCCGCUGUGGGUGAACGAGGCGAUGUUGUACCCACCCUCCUACGGCACUCUACCUCUAGCGUUGUCGCCCAACAGUACCUUGAAGGGCUGCGGUGGGACGGGGACACUGGCGGGGAUGACGCGCGGCCGCAGCGUGGUCAGUCGUCGCGACGGCGGUGGCGUGGAGCAGCCGUCCUCGCUGGUGCCGUCAACGAACCACAACAUGACAGGGUCAUCAAGUCAUGACGAGGCAGCCGGUGGCGACCGCGGUGGCGGCGGUCAGCGUGGCCACGUGAUGGCGCGUACGAUUCGCCUGCUCACCCUGCCCGCCGUCCAUCCGCGUUUGCUGGUUGUGGCGCAGGAGGACGGCACGCUGUCGUUCUGGCACACUCUCCGUCGCGUCUGCCUCGGGGCGGUGAACUUGACCGCGGUGGGCCUGCAGGACGACGGCGCCGCGGAAGACGCGGACAACCCGCACCACCGCGAGGACGGGCCCUCCGGUACGUUCGUUUUCGACAUGGACGAGAACGAGGGGGAGUUGCUCGUGUUUGGUGACGGCGAGGGCAACGUGCACGUGUGCCGCGUGCGUUGGCAGGUCCUGACGAAGUCGUCGGAGCAGGUAACGGCGAUGUCGCUGUCAAACCCGGCCUUAUACACGAUGGCAGGCACCGCCUCCCCGGUUACAUCCGAUCGCUCGCUACAGGACCAAAACAAGACGACGAACAUGAGGGAGGACGAGGAAGGUGACGGGGUAGAAGGGAACACGCUGUCGACGCCCAACACCGACACCACACUCAACAGCAACGAGACGCAGCGCGCCAUACCGAUUCUGCGGCAGCUUGAGCGGGUGCACGUCUUUGCCAGCGGGCUCGCCUUGAUCGGCCUCCGCGUCGUAGAUGCGGCGGCGGCGACUGCCUUUGAUCCAGCGGGUACGUCGGCGGCCGCCAAAGAUGAGCAGACGCAGGUUGACAGCGCGCCGACCGCAGCGGCGAGGACCGGUGCGCCGUCACGCCAGCUGGUGAUCGUGUGCACCGGCGCCGACCACUACGUUCGCCUCUUUACCUUGUCUGGCGUCCCCAUCGGCGAACUAGGUAUGGACAGGUGGAACGUGUCCGAUCCGCGCACCUUCCGUUUCAUGGGCGAGCCGGUGGGCAUCCCGGCGGUGCCGCUGCCGGGCCCCGUGCAAGGCAACCCCGCCUGGCAGCAGGACUUCAAGGAGGCGCGGAAGGACAGCCCCUGCUACUUCAACUACCUCACCGACCUCUACGCCAUCCACUUCCCGCGUUCGACUUUGGUGAGUUUCGGCAGUCAUGCGAGCAUGCAACGCUGCGACCGGACGUCGUCCAUCGUCUCGUUUGCGCAGGCGCGCCGCUCCAUCGGGGAUGGGGUCUCGCAAACUCUGCAGCUCGACGUGCUGAGCAGCCUCUCGCUUGAAGCGGCAUCGUCGCCCAGUGCCCCGCCGCACGCCGCCUCCCCCACCGACACGCACCCGCCCAACCCGUCCCCCGGGCGGCGGCCCACCACGGCACUGCAGGCGGGCCUCCUCCACUCCGCGGCCGCCGCGGCAGGUACGCAGCCGGUCUUUGCCGACAACGACCGAGAAAGAUGUGGGGCGGAGGAAGGAGAAGGAGGGGGUGCCGGAGACGAUGAAGGCACGUACUUGCCGUCUCUGCCCGCCGCACGAAAGCUUUCUACGCGACUGCGCCGCAGCACUCGGUACCGGUACGCCAACAGCCCCUCCUGUCAACUUGGCGUGGUGAAGCCGUUCAGCGGGGAGGCGGCGCUGCCGCUCGCGGCCCCCUCCCCCACACAAAUUCAGUCGCCGCGCUUCGUGGUGGACGCCCCGUCGGCCACGACACCGCCGCCGUCGUCGCUAGACGUGGAAAGAGACACCGAUCGAGUGGAGAAGGAGUGGCCGGGACCCGCCUUCCCGACGGACUCAUCGCGGCCGCUUACCAGUGCGGGCGCAGAUUUUGUCCGCGCGCUGUCGGCGGACGGCGAGGCGGCGGUGUCGGAGGAGCGCCUCAACGCGUCGCAGGCGACGGCAACAGGCAAGUCAAGUCGGCUGCACAGCAGCAGCGGCGCGGCGGGGGUGUCGCUGCGGGUCGGUGACGGGGCGGCGCCCAGCAGCGCCUCUGCACGCCCUGUCAGCUCGGCCUCGACGCGAACGUCGAAGAGCCGCACGAGCACGCCGCAGGGCCCGCGCAAUAAGACGGAAAUAUUCUACGCAUCCUUUGCGAACUCUGAGAAGCGGCGAAACGACUCGCCCUGUUCACCGAAUACAGGCAAAAGCGAGGCGGAGUCGCAACCGGGAGUGCUUGUCUCCGACGUUGAAAACAACGUGGUCAACACCGCUACGGCAUCAUCGCAUGAACGCCGACAUGCUGCCUUCUUGCCAGGCCUUUCGGCUCACACACCCAACAGACGGGGCAGCAACGCGGAUCGAAGCCCUUCGCCCACUGCCGCUGUCGAAGCACGUGAGAAGCGCAGUACUCUCACUGCGCGCACGUUGCAGCGCAAUGUCUCGGUGCGCACCCCGUCCAUGAUGGUGAUGGCGUCCCAACGUGACACCCUGGUCGACAGCGUGGACCACCACAACGCCAAUAGCAACACUACCUGUCGCAGUAACGACGACUUCAGCGUCUUCUCCUUGCUCUCACGCGAGCGAAAGCGGCUGAUGAAAAACACACUGACACCCGCGGCGCGGGACCAACUCUCCGCGCUUUCGAUGCCUCUUCUUUUUUCACAUGCGCAGGCCGCGGCGCGGAGUCCCGUGGAGAGUGGCGCAGCUCGCUCUCCCACCUCCCCUGGGGUCCCCGCUGGCAAUGUCCAGCAGAAAAUCGACUCCUUGCUGGAGCGCCGCCGCGCGCAGCAGAUGUAUGGGGUGUCGCCGGCAGUGGAGAUGCGCAAAUCUGCCAAGGGCUACGUGGCGCACGUGACGUCGAAGUUGUAUGUCGCGCCUCUGUCAAAUACGAAGACACCCGCGCCGACGACGCAGCGGCAGGAGAUUUCAUCGUCGUCUGCGCUUCCGUCCCGUCCUCGACAUCGCGCUCAUCUUCGUCAGACGAUGUAG